GGUGAGGACCUGUCUCGGGUUGGAGGGGUAGAUAGAAGGCCCUGUGUGUGGGAGGUGGAGGGUGAGGACCUGUCUCGGGUUGGAGGGGUAGAUAGAAGGCCCUGUGUGUGGGAGGUGGAGGGUGAGGACCUGUCUCAGGUUGGAGGGGUAGAUAGAAGGCCCUGUGUGUGGGAGGUGGAGGGUGAGGACCUGUCUCAGGUUGGAGUAGAGGGCCCUGUGUGUGAGAGGUGAGAAGGCGCAAAGGGCAGAUAGUCGGGGAAAGCGCACCAGGCGCAUUGUCGGGAAGGUGCACCGUUGGGAAAGCGCACAGGGCGCAUCGUUGGGAAGGUGCACCAUUUGGAAGGCGCACAGGGCGCAU